GAGAGACAGAGACACAGAGAGGUCCACAGCGCAGCGAUCAGACAGCAGAGAGCUUCCUGACGAGGAGACUGAGGCGAGGGAGGGAGGGAGCAUCCACAUCAGAGACAGGUUGACUGAUCGACGUCACUUCCUGAUUGGAGCCCGGCUAUUUCUGCAGAACAGCCCCCACCUGGCCGGGGGUCUCGAGCUCUGUGGCGGAGCCGUCGGACCAAGAUGGCGCAUGUGCUCUACAAAACAAACGCUCCUGAGAGGACUCCGGUGUGAUCCCGACUCCGGACGCUACGACCUCCACCGAGACGCUCGCUGCCCGGAGGGGAGACACUUGAUGGAGGGAGGGGGGCCCACAGCAGGGGUACCGCUGAUCGACUGCCUGGUCUGAACCCCGGAGCCCUGGGGGUCUCGGAGAGCAGAAGCCGCUUCAGAAAAUGCAACAGUUUUCCGGGAGGCGCAGGAACGGAGAACUGGCUGACGUCACGAUAACACAACAUACCGACGUUCUGCUGGUGAAAGACUUUCAUCUCCCCGUCUCAUUGGUCCUGACAAAGGCAUGAGUGUUGGACGGAGCCCCCACUACAGCGUCGUGUCCUGUGAAGAGCGAGGCCUGCCUCUGGGCGCCAUGCCGGCCGUGGGCAGCUUCGGGAACGGGAAGAUCCAUACGCGGCGCAAAGCACACGGCCGCUUCGUCAACAAGACCGGCCAGUGCAACAUCAGCUUCUCCAACAUGGACGAGAAGUCCUCGCGCUACUUAUCGGACAUCUUCACUACCUGCGUGGACAUCCGCUGGCGCUACAUGUUCCUGGUGUUCAGCCUGGUGUUUGUGGCGUCCUGGCUGACCUUCGGCCUGGCCUUCUGGGCCAUCGGCCUGCUGCACGGGGACAUGGAGGCCGGGGAGGACGACGACAGCUUCACGCCGUGCACCAUGCAGGUCCGCACCUUCGUGGCGGCCUUCCUGUUCUCCGUGGAGACGCAGACCACCAUCGGCUACGGCGCCCGCUACGUGACGGAGGAGUGCCCCAUGGCCGUCUCCAUGGUGGUGCUGCAGUCCAUCGUGGGCUGCAUCAUCGACGCCUUCAUGAUCGGCGCCAUCAUGGUCAAGAUGGCGCGGCCCAAGAAGCGCGCCAAGACGCUGCUGUUCAGCCACAACGCCGUCAUCGCCAUGCGGGACGGGAAGCUGUCGCUCAUGUUCCGGGUGGGGAACCUGAGGAAGAGCCACAUCGUGGAGGCCCACGUCCGCGCCCAGCUGGUCAAGCCCCGUCUGACGGAGGAGGGCGAGUACAUCCCCCUGGACCAGAUCGACAUGAACGUCGGCUACGACAAGGGCAUCGACCGGCUCUUCCUGGUCGCCCCCAUCACCAUCAUCCACGAGAUCGACGAGGAGAGCCCGCUGUUCGGCAUCAGCAAGCAGGACCUGGUGACGUCGGACUUUGAGAUCGUGAUCAUUCUGGAGGGGAUGGUGGAGGCCACGGCCAUGACCACCCAGGCCCGCAGCUCCUACCUCUCCUCGGAGAUCCUGUGGGGGUACCGGUUUGAGCCGGUGGUCUUUGAGGAGAGGAACCACUACAAGGUGGACUACGCACACUUUCACAAGACCUUCGAGGUCCCUUCCACGCCGCGAUGCAGCGCCAAGGACAUCGAUGACCAGAAGAGUUCGACCUCCAGCGGUCAUUCGUUCUGCUAUGAGAACGAGCUGGCCUUCAUCAGCAGGGAUGAGGAGGACGAAGGUGAGGUGAUGAAGGACGGAGCUCUGAGGGAACCUCCAGCGCGGCCGGAGGAGCACGUGAAGCUCGGCCUGGAUCAGACUCCGCUGCGCAAGGAGUCAGAGAUAUGAUCCUGCUGGGUGAAGGUUCUUUCUGGAUUAUUCGUUUGGUUCCUUCCAGAUGCAGGAAGGAGAGUGAAAGAACUGUCAUGAGGGAACUCUGGAGCGUCGUGACAGACCGGAGCAGGGUUUAGAACGGACCUUCUAUCUAGUUUGGCUUUUUCUGUCUUCAAAUGCAAACAAGAACAUUACAUUUCAAUGAAACAGUUUAAAGAUGAACCAGGAUGUUGUGAACACGUGUUGUUAACGACCCAGCAGGGAGUGGAGUGGUUCCAGUCCCGAGGGUUUUCUUUAGAACACGAGUGUUUGGAGGAGGAUUGUGUUCCACGUCUUCAGUGCAGUAUCCGUCGACACCGACACCUAACUCUACAAACGGAAUGAGACGGCAACAAAAGGGUCUAGCCUAAUUGAAUGACACAGUUUAAAUUAUAAACCUAAGAUUAUCUUAAUGCAGCUAAGGAGAUGGAUUUGGCUCAUUACCUACAAGUAGAUCAUAUCAAAGUAAAACUACAAUAAACCCAUGUUGCACGCUGACCGGAGGAAGCCUUUGCCCCAGGCAGACCUCUGGCUCCCCACAAAUACCAGGCGAGAACGUCUGCGAGAGAACAAACACAGCCGGGAGCGCGAUGACGGCCAGGACCGACCUCCCGCCCGAGGUGCACUGGCUCCUGCAGCGAGGAGACC